AAUCCCAGACGCUGCUGCGAUCGGUCGGUUGGUCGAACGGUGUGGUUAGCGGUAGGUGUGUCGGUUGAGUGGAUCGUUUGUGUCGCGGGGCACCCUUACGUUUUAGCACUUUUACCGCUUAAACAGUCGCCCGUUAGCACAUGUACUAAAAAAAGCACGAAGCACACGGCAGAAAAAUUGGCAACAAGAUUACAGAGCCACGUUAGUACGGGAACCGCGAAGCGUAGCGACGACCCUCUAGUUUCCGGCGAUUGCCAUUCGACGACGACGUGCCGCUGUUUUGUUUUUUGUGUUAAGAGAAUCGCCUUAUCACACACGGCCAACGGCACCGCACCGCACGAUUAUUAUUUUGGUUUACUAUUAUAACAUUUUUCAGUGUGUUUUUUCUGUGUGUUUUCCAUACACACAAAAUGUGCACUCCACGAUAACCAUACCCUAUAUAAAAUAUAUACAACUAUAUAUAUAUAUAUAUAACGACAUUUGACUCUCUUGGCUGUAAUUGCACAUUGAGCUAAAUACGAAAUUCAGUUAGUGCCUUGGUGUUAAAAACGUUUUAGGUUUUUAGCACAACGUUUAAGGGAUUACAACAAACGAACGAGCAGUUUCUCAACGACCACAGAUAUCGUUUUCGCUUAUCGAAAAUAGAACAAAAUUCUGUACUCGAAUGCUGCCACCGAAUUGCAGAAAUCGAAAACAACAAAGCAACGCAAACGGCAACGCGAAUGGAAAUGGGAAGGUGCUAUUCAACAACAUCAACGCUCCAGAUGCACUCACACUCACAAUCCGAUUCACAUUCGCAUUCGCAUUCACUGAAGAGAAACUGACCAAAAGGCGAACAAGCGUCGAACGAGAGAAACAGAAGCUACAAAAUAGAAAACGAACCGAUGUGAUACUUGGAACUAGAAACAACUAAAGUAUUGCAGUAAAAAACGUAUUGAAAUUUACAAAGACUUGAGUGCUAAAAAGACUUGCAAAAAAAUAAACUCAGCAGAAGAAAACCCUCGGAAAAAAUGGAGCACCUCGAUCUAGCGGGUUAUCUGAGUAAUGCACCCACAACGUGGAACAGUUUGGGCAACAGUUUCGAACAGCAAGAUGCCAUUUACUUGUCGAACUCCCGGCAAAUGCUGGAGCCCAUCAUGGAGGAGACCAGCGAGGAUGAGGAGCAUGCACAAAACAGUUGGAAUGGCUACCACGAGCAGCAGCAGCAUCGGGGCUCCACUGGAAAUUGCGGGGGUGGUGGCUUCUGGAGCUCCACAGAGUCUGAAACCGGUUCCGUAAUACGCAUUGAAGUGUCAAAAGAUAUCGAUGCCAUUUCGGAGAGAGACUUUGCCUGCCCUCCCAAGCGUCCCAGACGCUGCCAGGAGCCCGAGCAGCCACACAGUCUGGAGGAUGGUGUGCAAAUGCGACUGCAUCGCCGCUACGAUGCCGAAUCGCACAACAGUUUGGAGCGAUUCCUGGCCCUGGAGGCCUGUGCCCGGGAUAGCUAUGGCAGUCAGGGCCAGAGGAGCAGCACAGGCAGUCGUCGUGGCGGAAUCUUUGAUGAUUAUUACUCCGACAAUGAUUCGUUUCACUCGCUGUCGCGCAGCUCCUCGUUGGUGCAAUUUGAGUCGCUGGAGCGGCAGCUGACGCUACAGGAGCAACACCAGAGCAUGAACAGCCUGGGCAACAGUUCGCCCUCGCUCUUCAACUGCGACAUGGGAGGAGCCAGUGCCAGCGAUAGCAAUCCCGAGAGCAGGCGUGGAUCCGCCACCUCGCUGUCGCUGAUGAAGCGCUACGAAUCCAGCGACGGGCGACUGCAUCAGACGUACUUUGAGCUGAACAAACUGAACUUUGAGGAGCAGCAGCGGGAGCUGUUUGCAAAGAACCUCCUCCAGGCGGAAAUAAAAUCUGAUUCCGAGUCGAGCACCAGCUCCUCAAGCGACAGCAGCGGCCACAGCCUGCUGAGCUCCUGCCAGGGCAGCGGAGUGGCGAGUGGCAAGCAGGAUGGGGCCGCCUCGCGGCGUAUACCGCUCAACUCGGCGGAGAAUCUCUCCGAGGAUUCCGGCUACUGUGAGCCGAGCACAUUGCGACGCGAGAAAUCUAAAUCCAUACCAAAGAAUUUCGACAAGCUGUGCGAGGAGGAGGAGGAGCUGCUGCUGGAGGAGUCUGCAACCGUCGUGCCACAUUCCAAAAACUCCAAUGGCGGACAUGAUUUGUGUCAGACGAAAAUAGUGCAGACGAUGGAGACUACAACAACGCCACCAGCAGCAGCAGCAUCGGCAGUAGCAAUGUCUAUGCCCAUGCCCAUGCCCAUGCCUCUCUCUCCGUCCGAGUCUAUUAAUAGCAGCACGGAGAGAGCAUCAUCAGCAUCAGCAUCGCCACUGCCAUCGCCCAGUGGAUCAUCGGCAGCCUCAUCGUCGUCCGCCGCCUCGUUCACUUGGCUGCGCAACAGUUUGCCCGACAUACGCGAGCCGCGAGGUUCAUCGUCAUCGCCAACGUCCGCCAACAGUCGCCAGCGCCACAUCAACGCCUCCAUUGAUCCCUCGUCGACGUCGUCGUCGUCGUCGUCGUCCAAGUGUUUCCCAGAGGAUAACGAUUUACACGGCUACGUGCUGGCCAGUAGCGGAAAUCCACGUUGCAGUGGGAGUAGCCGCAGCAGCAGCAGCUCCUCCUCCUCCGCAGACUGCUCCCCGGUCCUUGGGGCCACUUCCCUGCCCAACGAGCUGCAGCAAUUGGGACGCCGCCGAGCGCGAACGCGCCACAAUCGUCCAGCGACACGGAACUGCCACAGCAACAGCAGCGGUGGCAAUAGCUCCAGCGAGGAAUACGACUUGGAGGAGGAAGAGCGUCGCGACGACUUCUUCCUGGACUUUUGUCAGCUGCCAAGGAUACGCAGGAGCUGCAGCUGGAACGUGGGCAAGAGAGGACUCGGAGGAGGGGCCGCCUCUUCUGCUGCUGCAGCAUCCUCCGGCGCGGGUUACAUGAAUGCCAGCUACCAGAAUUUAACACUUUUGGAUUACACAGACACUCAGCCAGAGGCGGAGGAUCUGCAGAGGAACUCUAAGCGAAGUCUAGCCACAGCGGAUCCCCUGGAGAGCCAACCCCUGGCAAUGUCUGAUAGGAGCAGUCAACCCUUGGAAAUGUCCAACCGGAGCAGUCUGUCCGGCGGGGAGUACGAACAGAUCAUCUGCAAAGGCAACUUUUUGUUGGAUGAAUUAAGCAAAAUCUACGACAAGAAUGUGUCCAUUCUGAAUGACAGACCAGCAACAGCAACAGCAGGAGCAGUGGAUCAGGUGGAUUCCUGCCAAAAAUUGGAGGAGCCAGAAGAACCCCCCCAGGUGCAGCAUGUCCAACUGACGAUUAGGAAGCCACCGCCACGCCAGAAGAGAGUCAGUGCAGAGGCCAAUCCCACGUCCACACCCACACCCGCACCCACACAGAGACCCAAUCUGCCUCCUGCUGCUGUGCUGAGCUUUUCGAGUUUCGGCAAGACCUUCGAUCAGGAUCCCACAAAUCUACGCACCUCCUAUGCCCAGUCGCUGGAGCAGUGCAAUUUCGAUGCCCAGGAAGUGAGCCCCACGAAGGUGCCGCCACCCAGGGCGCUGCCCAAGAGGCGCUUCCAGUCGCAAGCGGCGGCGGCCAAGCAAAAGAACCUCGUCAGCAGCACACCCAAUCUCUCGGCGUACGACAACAGCAAUGGGGAGACGGAGGAUGACAUCUAUGUGAGCAGUGCCCACACAUCAAUGCACCAGUUGCCACAGUCGGCGAAUCAGCCCAAACCUUUGGGCAUACUCCUGCCUGCCGGCUCACGGAACUCGUUCAGCAAGGAGGUGAGCUUCUGUCCAGUAGUCAGCAAGUACUGCUGGCAGGAGCAGUCGUCGGAGGAGCCGCCGGAGGAUCCAGGACAGGGCAGCGACACUCCCGGCCACUCUGACGACGAUGAUGAGCUAAUGGAUAAUGUGGACGCCACUGUAAUGCACAAUACCAAAGAGAAUGAGAACAUAGCGGCGCGCUACAACCAAGAGCAGCAGAAAAGAGAAGCACAGCCGGAAGAGAGCGUAGUGGUCGAAGUGAGCAUCGAGGUGGAAGAGCGCGAAACAGUCGAAGAGCGGGCAACAGCAGAAGAGAGGUUAGCCACGAUCGCAACCGCAGAGAGCGAGGCCGAAGAGAGCGAUGACAACAACGAAAACAUCGCAAACAUCGCAGCCGUAGCCGCUGCCGCUGCCGCUGCCGCUGGCGUAGCCGAACUCGAUUCGGAGCCCCGACACGAGCCCGUUUCAAGCACAGCAUUCAUUCUCGAACAAACACGCGUAGCGCAACCAUCGCAAUCGACACCGUUAUCGACAUCGACAUUGCCAUCGCCUUCGCACUCUUUGCCGUUCUCCGCCAGUCGUGAUACCGCGCCCCCUCUGCGUCCCCUAAGCCUACAUCUACCGAUCCUUAGUGAACCGCCCACCAACCGCGCCCACCACAUACUCUACGCCUCCCAGCAGCUGCUGCAGCGCUACGACGAGGAGGAGCCACACGAGCGCGAGGAUCGCCGCCAAAUGGCACCCGCCGCCAGUGGUUCAGUGGAGUCGCCCACACAGCAAAAGGGUGGAAAGUCGCCAGGAAAAACAGACGACAAGCACCCGAGCUCCAAGAGUUUCCUCUCCAGAUUCGCCAAUGGCCUGCGCUUCUCCUUGAGGCGCAAAAAGAAGCAGCAACAGCAGCAGCAGCAACUGGAACAUAAGCCUCCGUUAACAAAGGCAGCACCCGUGAAGGCCACCAAACAACAGAGCAAUGGAAAGUCAGCAGACUUUAUACACAUACCCCUGAAGCCGCCAAGGAGUGCGACAUCCAAUGCCCAGACGCUGGACGACAGCAAUGCCUCGGAGGCCAGUACAGCGAGUGUGCACAGUGGCUCGACUCUGGCUAAGACAUCCACAUUGCAGAAGGUGGUGACCGGUAAGCCACCGCUGCCCAAACAGCCACCCAGAUUGACGCAUGCGCCUCCGCCAAUGGUGCCACAAAUGGUAGCAAGUGCUACCCAUGCCUCGGAGGCUUUGUUGUGCGCCGAACGGGAACAGUAUCGCGAAUUUGCGGACCAGUUGUCGGCGGGCAUGCAAGCGGCGAGGAUGCGGGACACCGAGUCGCCCUCGCGGGCCACCGUUGCCCAAAAGACGCAAAUGUUCAAUCAGCUGGUCGCUGGAGCCGGUCCCGGUGCCGGAACGCGCCCAACAAUAGUCACUGCCGUACCCGUGCAAGUAUCCCCCGUAAUGGAUGAGGAUGAUGGAUCCGGUAAAAUGGGCCUGAUUGAGACGAAUCUGGACACCCACGAGACGGUCAUCUCGGGCAAAACACGCUCCCUGAUGGACAUCACCUGCAAUCCAUUGAGCCAGCCCCACAAGAGGUAUCUGGUGAAGCGUCUGAAUGUGACCAGUGCCGCCUACGAUGUGGAUGUGGACGAUGACCUUCUCGAUGGGGAUGUGGUAGUCAAUGGACACCGCAUCAAAUCCUCGCCAGCUGCAGGCGGCGUACAGAUAGCAUCCGUUAGGAGGCCGCACAAGAGCAUGGAGUUUCUGUUGGAUAAAGAGAAUCAAAGGAAUGUUUUGCCCCCUGAGAAUGAGCUACAGAAAUCGCACGAUCACAAUCCGGCCGCCCUGAGUGAGCACCAGCUGCGUGUCCAGGCCUCGCUGCAGCGCUUGAAUAUACCCGAGUGGUUCCGAGCCUACAACCAGGCGCCCGAAGGUGCAGCUUCAGGGGGCACCGCGGCCUCUGGCGGCGGCUAUCGACCGGGUAAUUUCACACGUAAGCGCACCCAGGACUCGGGCCGAUGGCAGGGACUCAACUCGAAGACGACCUCGCUCAGUUCGCUCGGCUCGCACUCGCAGCGCUCCGAUCGCAGUCCUCUGCUGUUGAGUCCCUCGGCGCAUAGCCACCAUGGCGGCCAGAGCAGCAGUGUGAGCGGCGGCUCGGCAGCGGGGGGAGCAGCGCAUGCCCAUGGCCAUCAGCAGGGACACGGACAGGGACAGGGCGGAGUGGGGGCCACCAGGUGGUCCACCUCGCACCUGAACUCCACACAGACCUCGCCUAGCGUCUCGCAGCGUGGCAGCUUCGCCCGUGGGGCGCCCAUCAACAGCAGCUUCAUGUCGGUGGCCAGCAACAACAGCAGCGUCCUGAGGAACUCCUACCGCCAGCCGUAUCUCGGAUGGCGAAGCACGGAAAAGCUAUCCCAGCGGACGCCACACGAACGUCUCGCCAGCUCUCUGCUGGCACAACGCACAACCCCAUCACCCACAUCUGCGGCGCCAAUUGGUGGACGCACUCUGCAGGCGGUAACGCCAGAGAUCCAGAGCUCCAUCAAGGAGGUCACCUCGGCGAUUGUCCACUACGUAAAUGACCAGCAGCUGUCCCAGCAGCAGCAGCAGAAUCGCAGCCGAUCCGCCAGUCCAAAUUCGAGAAAGUGCUGGCUUGAGAGCAGCUUUGUGGGCACACGACCAUUGGACUCGCCGCAGACACCCGUGAUUGACAGCAGCCCCCCCGCCACAGCCCAGCAGCAGCUGUACCAGCAGCAGUACCAGCAAUACCAGCAGCAGCAGCUCUAUCUGCACCAGCACUAUCCCCAUCUGGAUGCCACCUCGUCGUCGGUGGUAGCCGCUGGACAGCCGCCACUACGCAUGAACGGACUGAGCCGAAUCGGCGGCGGUGGCGCGCCCGAACGCUCCUUGAGCAGCGCAUCGCUAGAAGAUGUCCUUGCAUCGCUUCUAGGACUUCCAACAGCCUCCUCGUCACAGAACAGCCAGAACAGCAACAACAAUCAUCAGAACAACAACAACAGAACACAAGCGAAUAACAAGGCAUCCACGCAGACGACAGCGGGAGAUUCAGCUAGUCGCCAACAGCUGGAGGUGCUAUCGGCAGCCGAACAGCAGAGACUGCGGCGCCGCAGCGAGGGAGACGCCCCCAGCCAGAAGAAACAGCAGCAGACAGCACAGACCCAAGCACAGUCCCACAACCAAUCGCAAUCUCAGUCAGCCGGAGUAGGUUCAACAGCAGGUGCAGGAUCAGCAGGAUCAGCAGGAACAGCAGGAAUAGGAGCAGCAGCAUCGGGCCAUCAGCAAACAAAUGCCAGCAGCGGGAGCAGGCGCGUCUCGUUGGGCGACUCCGCGAACACGGACAAGGGCUGCGGAAGCGGAAGCGGAAGCGGGGGCCAGCUCAAUGGGGAGCCGGGACUGCAGAUCCGCUGCCGGAACACCAAAUGCGAGCAGAGCGCCUCGCCCGCAGAUGCCAAGAAGCUGUACAAAUCAUGCCACAAUUGUUCCCAUCUAUACUGUUCACGUGAGUGUCGGCGCGCCCACUGGGAGAAGCAUCGGAAGGCGUGCCUGCACUCGCGUGCCUCCAACCUGUGCCGCCAGGUGCUAGCCACCUGCAAGGACGACCUCGACUCGCAGCGGCAUCUCAGUCUGCUGGCCCGCAAAGGGAGCAUCUCCCAGGGACGAGGCGUCGUGCGCGUCCUCUUUCGCAGCGCAGAGGCCGCCGAGGGAUUUAUCAAGAACGGCUUCCAGUGCAUGGGAGAGGCCUCCUACGUGCGCUGGCCUGACCUGAUGCCCGCCGAGAUGGGCCUUGAGCUGUAUUCGGAGCUACUGAAGCUGAGCACGGAGUACAAACCGGAGUCGAAGAUGCUGAUCUACGUGGCCAUCUGCGUGGUCUCCGAGGCGCCAGGAAUGGGACAGGCUCCCGUACGCUGGGAAAGGCAGCUAGUUUCGCGCUGUGCAAAGCUUAAGCUCUGCAAGAGUGUCCUGGCGGAGCUGGAGAUACAGCAGCAGGCCCUGCAACAGCCCCUGGCCGUGGUAGCCGUCCCAGAACGCACUGAAAUCCUUAUACUCACCUUCAAUCCCGGCCUGAGGGCAGUGCCUGGGAGUCGGGAGCUCAUCCUGUCCAACAUCCUGGACAUUCUGUCACGCCGAGGAGUGUUGCUGCGUAAGCACUACCCUGAGAUCUAUCAGCGCCUACAGACCUACACCGAAGGCCAGACUGACAAGUUUCAUCCCGUGACGCUGCAUCCGCGGGACUCGCAAACGGGCCAGAGCUUCGUCUGCAUCAUCAUGCCGGUGCAUACGGACAGCGAGUUUAUCAAGCUGCCCUCCGCAGCCGAUGGCGGCAAUCGGGUGACCACCAUCGAUGUCGGCUCGCCGGCAGCUCUCGCCCAGCUGGAUGAUGAUGAGCUGCUGACCCGCACCACGCCAGCAAGUUGAUUAAAGGCCAGCAACAGCAUCACCAGCAACAACGGCAGCAACAACACGCCCAGGAGAAUUGGAAGCGUGACGCCUCCACACGCCUCACUAUAUAGCGACGCCCUGGGAUGUGGCCUGGAGAGCACGCGAAUGUGAAGGCUGCUCCUUCCCUCGAUGGCUUACAAGCGGCUUCUAUGCAUUGUUCUCUAAACUCUAUACAAUAUACUUUCCCUCGAGGGCACUACAAUCUCAAUGAAGUUAUCCAAAUCAAUAUCCAAACAACGUUUAAUCACAUCAAAAUCUGUCAUUCCAUCACAGCGCGAAACUAGCUUAGGACAUUCAUACGUAUGUAGUAGUGCUGCAGUAGUGCCCUCGCCUAGUUAGUCGAGAUAUUCAGUUAUUCUUCGAGUAGUUAGCGGGCGUGUCUGUACUAUGGCAUAGCCAGAAUCUCCAUAUAUCAGUAGGGCCCUCCACUUGUUGUCUGAAACACCACAAAAAGCAUAUUCGUAUUCGUAUUUGUAUUCUUAUUCGUAUUCGUAUAAAUCCCGCAAUCAAAUCAUAAAUACCAGCAGCAAGUUGGUCAACCUUUUCAACUCUAUCUAUCGAUACCAAGCCAAGCUUUACAACAUACUAUCCACAUAAAAGAUACAUACAUCAUAUAUCUGAGCUUAUGGGAGCGACAUUCAGUUAUCUCUCACUUGAGCCACUAACACAUAAAAUACAUUCAAAGGUAUAUCCUUCAGCUUCCAAUAAAAAAAAUUAAUAAACACUAAAUGUGACUGAAAUGAUCGCGAAUAGGAGGAGUAGGUAACCCCCAAGAAAAUAAGCAAAGGAUUUCCUACUAAGCUGCAGUGCAACCUCACUUUUUAUAAAGCAAUCCAAACGGAAUAUCACACUAACUAAAUAAUUAUAGUUGUCGGACAUGUUCUAUGUAAUAAUUCAAUAAGAGCAACAAAUCUUGCCUAUGGCCUUAUUUAAAGUUUGUUAAAUUUGUUCAGCCCCCCAAACAAAAAGGGAAGAAAAUCAUUUUGUAGCUUUUCGAAUUAGGUUUUAAUGAUUUGUGUAUAAGUCAAUGUAUUGAGAGAAGAUAUAGGUUAGCCAAAAUAUAUAUGUACUUGUAUUAGUUAAAUUUCUGUAACAAAAACUCGAGUUGAUAAUCAAAACCAACACUAAUGUCAGAUGAUUUGAAAUUUCGCAUUUAGCUAACAUAAAUAUUUAGAUUGAUUAAUUCCCCUUCCCUCCUUUCCACUAGUUCAAGCUGCUUAACUCAACGCCAGACUGUAAGUGCAUAAACCUAAACACUACAUUUUUGUGUAAAUAAUACUGAGCAAACAUGUAUUUGAUGACUUACAAACCAUACAUAGAUACUACAUACAACAUUAACGACUAUUUAUCACUUGGUCCUAAGAACAGGUUUGCAGAUUUCAUUGGUUCUCGCAGAAACAACAUAAAGUUGCUUAGUAUGUAUCUAAGAAGGACUUGACAAAACAAUAAAUCCUUUUUGAGGAGUUAAAGCGACUUAAGGGCAAUAUCCUUAUUGUCCAGGGACAGCAUCAAGCCAAACGUCUGGCCAGUCACGAUACAAGCACGAUACAUAUUUAAACUAAAACUGCGAAAAAAAUAAAAAAUAUAUCCCAAAUA